AUAACAGUUUACUUUUUUAUAUGUUUUGUCAUCCUGAUGGAAGAGUUCGACGAAAAUGGCUGGGCCCACAUUCACCAUGCAGCCUUCAAUGGCUAUCAUAAGAGCGUGUCUCGAUUUGUAAAGAGCAAGGACGAUCAACUCGAACUCGAGACUCAAGAUGGCCAGCAAAGCACGCCAUUUCUUUUGUCUUGUACAAGCGGUGUCCUCGAUACUGUACAACUUUUGGUCGAAUUGGGAGCCAACUUGAAGGCCACAAAUCGUCAUUCUCAGGGCGCUGUGCUGUUAGCUGCUUUGCAUGGUCAUAUUCAUAUUUUAGAGUACUUUCUCGAACUUAAUCAUGAAAGUUCAUCCGUUUGGGAAGAGCUGAUAAAGGGACUUGCUCUCCAAGAUAUGGAAUCUGCUUCUGCUAAAGUGUUAGUUGAACUUACCCUUGACGAAAAAGAAAAAAAUUACGAAUCUUUUGUCAGUAUUGAUGGAGUCAAAGCAGUGGUACAGCUCUUGAAGAAAUCGUUUCCAAAUGAAGAGCCCAAGACUUUUGGUCUUUCUAUUCUUCUGAACAUCGUGAAAUACCCACCUGCGAAGCAACAGUUGGGAGAGAUAGGAAUACCAGCUAUCAUUUCUCAACUCAAAGAAAACCAAAGACCUUUGUAUAUGCGGGCUUCUAAAAUUCUCGGUGAACUCGCCUUUAAUGAGAAGAAUAAGGCAACUAUUGCCAGUAAUAAUGGUGUUGAUGCCUUAGUGAACUUAUUGCAGAAUAAUGAUGAUGAGGAAGUUGUCGAUUGUGUUUUGAGAACAAUCAAAAAUUUGGCUGAUUCCAAUUCUGAGAUCCAGACCUUAAUUGGAAACAACAAAACUACCAUGAAAUCCUUUGUGAAUUUGUUAACAGAAGUCAAGAACAAGCAUGUGUUAGCAACAGUUGCUAGGACGAUAAGUAUGAUUGUCAAGACGCACAGUGCUAAUCAAGAUGGGUUCAUUAAUGAAGGUGGCAUACCACCUCUCAUGGAGUUGAUGAAGAUAAAAUCUCGUGAGUGUCAGUUUGCCGUGGUAGAAGCAAUCCAAGCUUUAUGCGAGAAAAAUGAAAAUAAUCAAACCAUCGUGACUGACCUCGGAUGCGUCAUGAUGUUGAUGAGACUACUGAAGCGAUCUCGGCAAGCCGAUUUAAGGAAAUUAACAGCAAGUGCUUUAUGGGCCAUAGCAGGAAACAAGAACACACAGAGACGCUCUAUUGCUAAUGAGAUUGGUGUUAAUAUGCUAAUAGAAUUUCUAUCUGAAAAUCUUUCCCAAAGUCUACACUUUAUUGGAUCAGAAGCUCUGGGAGUCCUUGCCGAUGGUGUGCACAAGAAAAGAGAUGAAAUAGCAGAAGCUAAUGGAGUAAUGCCAUUAGUACGACUCCUCACCAAGGCCUCCACUCCAGGUUUUAUUGUACUGAGUGUUUUACGAACUCUGAGGUCUUUGUGUUUGUGUGUUGGUUUCAGGCCGCACUUGAAAAACCAAAAGGCUGUGUCUAAUGAAGGAGGAAUUAAGUUCUUGAUAAGAUUCAUGGUACACGCUCGACAGGAAAUAAUUAAGGUUGAGGCAGCAUACACUUUAGGAAGUGUUUCCCUUGGCAACAGUGACAACAUGAAAGAAGUUUUAGAACACAGAGAGUUUAGCUUCCUUCAUAUUUUACGGCUUUUGUAUGAUGAAGAUGAAGAGGUUGCACUCCUUUCCGGUGCGGCACUCGCUCUCUUUGCUUAUAAUAAUGUUGCAAACCAGAAAGCCAUUGCAGUGUCUGGAGGAGUGAGGUACCAUUCAUUUCUUCCAUUUUUGGAAUCAAAGGACUUACGGCAAGUUGCACAUGCUGCUUUUCAAAUCAUCAUCCUAUCGCGAAUAAUCCCAGAUGAAGAUCAGUCAUUAACCUGUGCAACUGGUGUCAAGCUCCUUGUAUCUUUACUUGAAUGUCAGUCUGAAGAUAUCCAGACACUAGCAGCAAACUUCCUGGGAGGGCUUUCUCAUACAAGGGCGGGAGUACCUGCCGCUAUCAUCUCCAUUGGUACCAUAGACCUCCUGGCCAAACUUCUCAUGUCACCUUUUGAAACAGUCCAGGCAUCUGCAGCAGUGACACUUGGUUUCCUUAGUUACGACAAGGUUGGAGAACGUCAGUUGUUGAAUACCUGCCGACAUGAUCCAUUUCUCUAUAAAGUCCUCCAGUUUCAUGCAGGCAAAGUCAAACUUUCACCUGACUUUGUGGAAAGAUGGAAACACUACAAGAAAAUUGGCCUUCCUCCAAUAAUAUCCAAGCCAAGUCAUCUCAAUAUGGGUGACAAGAAGUUAGUAACCACACAGUUUGCCUUGGAUGCUGAUCAGACAUUCACUGUUGUCAGUACCAACACAACCUCUCCUGGUAUCAUGGGAUCUGACGAUCAAGAGCGCAAGGUUUCUGCUUCAACCAGGACAGGGACAAUCAUGAAAUUACCAAUUGCAUAAUACCAAGAAGUUGAGAAUUAAAGAAAAGAUAUGAUCAUGGCUACCAAAUUCUUAGAGCAUCAAAAUAUGUUUUGCUUGCUUUUGGCACAAAAAAUUACAAAGUAUAGUUACAUGGAGUUUUUUAGCUAGAUGCUUUCAAUUUUGUGGUUCAAAAUUAAUUUGACUUUCAAACUUGUUGUGCUGAAAAAUAGUGAUAAUUAUGACAUACAGAUAUAUUCAACUCUGAACCAAUCAGAAAGCAAGAAAAUAAACUAAUCAAAUUAGUUUUGCAUGAUCUUUUUAUGGCACGAAAAAUGAAAUAUGCCCUUUCAGCCUUUCUGAAAAUAGCUCAAGCUUGUCUAAAGGCCGAUUUAGACGGUAUGAUUUUCGCCUACAACUAUCGUAUACGACACGCUCACGUCUGUUGUAGGCGAGUUGUAGGCUUGAUUUACACACUACGACUCRAGUUGUAGGAUGGUGCGAGCAUGUUGCAUACGAUAGUUGUAGGCAAAAAUCRUACCGUCUAAACCGGCCUUAAGAAGUUUGUAACUUUUCUUUAGGAAUGACAAUAUUAUGUACAGAAAAGGUAUAUAGUGGUAAUUAGUUUUAUAUGUAUACGAAGGAGUUCUGUUUAUAUAGGAUUGGUAAAAACGACUACAGUGUGUAAUAUUUUGUGUGGUAUAUUAAUUUUUGUUUGUUCAAAUUUUCUAUGGCAUGACGUAUUGAAGAUUCUCGAUACUAGUGAGUAAAUGGUAAGCAAGUGUUAAAGUUCUGAUAUGUUGUAUUCAUUUUCUGGUUGAAUCUAUAGAUCAUAUUUUUCUUCAUUUAAUAUUUUUCCAUUUCAGUCCACAUGUCAUUCCCUAAAGUAUCAUUUCUUGAUUGACAUUGGCACAUUAGAGGGCAUGUAAAUAUGGAUACGACUCGUAAAAAAACUCACGACACCUGAUCUGAAAUGGAUAAAGCAUGAAUUUCUAAUAUUACAAAUCCAGGGCUCCAAGAUAUUUUUCUAAAUUUCCUUGAAGGAUUUAUAGUUAGGUAUUACCCGUAGUUUUUAAUCACAGAAAUUCCUUUUCACAAAAAGAAACAAUAUAAAUAUAUUUGUACAGAAAAUUAUUACUUAACUAAAGCUUUUAGUGAGGAAUUUAAUGAGGAAUUUAACUAACGAUAACAAAAUAUUAACUAGAGUGAUUUAACUUGGCCCACAAAAAAUAUUAAGUAUAUUUCAUAGUGAUAGCCACUAAUUCCAUUGUUUUCUUUUGUUUUACUUUGACUGUUAGUCACUAAUAAUACAACUUUAAUAGGCAGAAUUAUAGCACUCUAGUAUUUGACUAUUUGAGGGAUGAACUAUUAGAUAAUUGAUG